UCUGAAUUGAUAGGCUGGACGUGCCUCUGCAGCGUGUCCCAGCACCUGGCAGGGUCACUCGUACGGCCGCACCCACCCACGCUGCGCCACCCGAGCCAUGCUGCGCGACCUGGCCCGUUCAUCGCUGGGCGGCCUUCGUGCAGCCAUACGGCCAAUGGCAUCAGCAGCAGCACUCACGCCUUUCGCCCCGGCAGGACUCGCCGGCGCGGCACGCACACUGACAAUGGGCGUGCCCAAGGAAAGUAAGCAACCACACGAACGAAAUGCACACACACAGCGUACGAGCCCAUUGCCCAUCUCUGCCCGGCCCUCUGUGUGUGAUUAUGUGUGUGGUUAUGCAUUAGUAAAGAAGAACGAGAACCGCGUGGGCAUGACGCCUGCGAAGGUGUCGGAGCUGACGCGCCGAGGCCACAAGGUGCUGGUGGAGUCGAAUGCUGGGGCGGGGUCAGGCUUCGAGGAUGAGGACUUCGCCGCCAUGGGGGCGACCAUCGUCCCGACGUGCGUGGACGUGUACCAACAGGCUGACAUGAUUGUCAAGGUCAGUCAGUCAGUCCAUCAGGGCACACAAAACGAGAGAGAGAAGUGGAUGGGAUCUGUGUGUUGGUGCCUGCAGGUGAAGGAGCCUUUGGCGCCCGAGUACACCCUCAUCCGUGAGGGCCAGGUGGUCUUCACCUACUUCCACUUCGCGUCAUCCAAGGAGCUCACCGAGGCCAUGAUCCAAAACAAAUCGGUCCGUCAGGCUCGCCUUCUCACAAACAGCCCAGCCCUCUCUCCAUCUCUUCCUGCCUCCUUGCCUCCUUGCGACACGCAGAUAUGCAUAUCAUAUGAGACGGUGGCCAAGUCGGACGGUUCGCUGCCUUUGCUCAUCCCCAUGUCCGAGAUCGCCGGCCGCAUGAGUGUGCAGCAGGGCGCCAAGUACCUCGAGGCGCCAAUGGGCGGCCGCGGCGUGCUGCUGGGGGGCGUUCCGGGCGUGCGAAGGUAAGAUCAUCCAGCGCCAUACCAUACACACAUGUCUGUAUGUCUGCAUUUACGAUUGAUUGCCGUGUGUGUAUGGUAUUGUACACACACACAGAGGUUUUGUGCUGGUGCUUGGAGGCGGCAUAGUGGGCACGCACGCGGCCAAGCUGGCGGCAGGGUUGGGUGCGGAGGUGACUAUCAUGGACCUGAACCUGCAGCGGCUGCGGUACCUCAACGACAUCAUGCCGGCCAAUGUGGAGACGAGGUACAGCAACGAGAGCACCAUCCGGGACCUCCUGAGACUCGCUGACCUCGUUAUUGGCGCGGUGCUCAUCCCUGGUAUGUCUGUCAAUCAGCCAGAUGACGGAUGGUUGGUGCACAGGCGUGGUGUCCUCAUGUGUGUGUGGAUGUGUGUGUGUCGUGGAUGUGUGGGUGUAGGUGCGCGUGCUCCCAAGUUGGUGACCCGGGAAAUGCUGUCGAUCAUGCGGCCGGGGAGUGUCGUCAUCGAUGUGGCCGUCGACCAGGUAGGUAGACGACCACACACAUGCACACCUGCAGGCAGGGAGACACACUGGAUGUGCGAUACGCCCCAGGGUGGGUGCAUCGAGACGUGCAAGGCCACCACCCACGACGAGCCGACGUAUGUGGUGGACAACGUGCUGCACUACUGCGUGGCCAACAUGCCCGGCGCCGUCCCCUACACAUCCACCAUCGCACUCACAAACGCCACACUCCCGUAAGCAAGCACCCGUAGACCCACGUGUGUGUCUGAACCUUCCUUUCCAUCUCUCUCUCUCUCUCUCUGUGUGUGUGUGUGUGCGUGUGUGAUGGGUGGUUUGAUCGCUCAGGUACACGAUAGCGUUAGCCGAGAAGGGGUGGCGGCGCGCGUGUGCGGACAAUGCCGAGCUCAAGGGCGGGCUCAACAUCAUCGAAGUGAGUGAGGCAGGCAGAUGACCAGCCUCAUAUGCACACGGCACGGGUAAGCUCUUUGUGACAUGUGUCUGUGUGGAUGUGCAGGGCAAGGUGGUGCACGAGGGCGUGGCGUCGGCAUUUGACCUCCCGUACGAACCGGUGGAGAACUUCAUCGCAUCACAUAGACACUAAGCGAGCGAGGGAGGGGCGGAGAGAGAGACAGGUAGAGGUAUAGCCGUAGGUGUGUGUGUGCAUGUUUUUUCCAUCUUGGUGCACAGGGUGUGCGCCACGACACCAACCAAACCAGCUUUUGCCUUAGUGCUUACACGAUCCACUCAAACAGAUGGGGAGGGAGAGGGAGAGAGAGAGAGAGGUGUCACUGCCGUGCAUGCGUCGUGCGUGUGUAUCGCUCCAUUCCAUGUGGUGGGCAUGGCAUUUAUGCGUAUGUGUGUAUCUGCCUGCCUGCCUUGUGUUGUGUGUUGUGUGGCAAUUUUGAGAAUGAAUGAUGUCUCUGUGUGUGUGUGGAUGCGUUCCUGUCUGUCGUUGUUGGCUGCGUGCAUGGCUGGCUGGCCUUUUUGACCGACCACACGGCCACCGCACCGCCAGCAAGCAAGCAUGAGUGUCUGUGUGUGUACAGAGAGGGGCAGCGAUCGAUCGUCUUUCUUCGAUAAGGGCGUGUGGGGUGGGUCGGUGUACAGGUGGGCUCGCAUAGCGAAGCACAGCCCGUGUGUGUGUGUCUGCGUGUGUGUGUGUCUGUGUGUGUGGUGAGUGAGGUGAGUGUCGUCAGUCUAUUUUUGGCGUGCAGGUCGGUGCAUUCUGUCUGUCUGUGUGCACAUGCUCCCUCUGCAUGUCCCUCCC